GAGUUUCCAAUAUGAGGUGUGACAUCACAGAUGACAGGCAAGUAAUGCAAUUGAGUAUGAUGUCAUAGUGAUCAAAGGAGCCUCAUCCUAGAAACAUACUUAUACUCAAAAACACACACCACAGUACCACUGACAGACAAUAUAGGUGUAGAGCUACACGCAGCAAUAUUUCAGACGAUCAACAAAUCAAGAUCAACAAAAUGCCUGUACAAAAAAAGCAAGUAUUGGUGAUGAUGGAAGACUGGGAAAAAUUAAAGGCUUCCUUAAUCGUGCCAAAUGCCAAGUAUCCUCAAGGGAACACUCGAGCACAGAAAGAGGAAGUUGAGAGGAUUCUGGAGGAAAAGAGAUGCAGAAAGCAAGAGAAGGAGGACUAUUUAAAUAGGAUUGCUGCAGAGGAGGUGGAAGAGAAGAAAAAGGAUACGCAGGAACACCUUGACAAAGCCAAUCAUAAGCUGUUUCUGACAAGAGACUGUGUCCGAAAUUUCAACAGUGGCCUAAUGUCAUUGUAUGUUAGGGAGGAGAAUGAGGCAUUGUCGAAAUUUCAGCAAGACAGACAGAAACACGCUGAAGAACAAGAAAGAAAAUAUGAAGAGGAGGAGAGGAGGCUUAAGGUGGAGAAAGAUCUGAGACAAGAGCAGGACAAAUCCCAUCAGAGACGGAAACUUCAUGAGCAGGUACAUGAAAACAUGAAGAUGAUAAAAGAGAAGAAACUAGAGCAAGAGAAAGAGAAAGAGAAAGAGAAAGAAGAGAGAGAUAGACGUCACGCCCUUGAUGUUAUGCGCACACAGGAGCUGCGAAAUCAUGUGAAAAAAGAAGCUGCCAAUAGGAGGAUGACUCGUCAGAGUCAACUUGAGGAUAUUUCAGUGAAAAAGUUGUAUAGAGAACAGGAGGCACAGAAAUCCAUGUCAGAGGAUUUGAAAAUAGCACGUGAUCAAAUUGAAAUUGAAACACAAAAACAGCAAAGACAAUUUCACAAAAAUUAUAGGUUUAGAGAGAGACAGGUUAUAAUAGAUGAGGCCUGCGAUAUCUUGGAGAUCACAAAUAAGCAGCAGGCCGCCUCCAGGACCAUGAGGGAGAACGCUCAAAUGUCCAAGAAAGAGGCUGAAGCAGAGGCAGAGAGAACAAAGAAGUUAAGAGAAAAGAAGGCAAAGGAUGCUGAAACUCACAUCUCUUGUAACACUCUUAGAGAAAACCGUGUGCUCCGGAAAGAACAGGAGAAGAAGGAACUCAUGCAGAGCGAGCUGGACUUGGUCCAAGCAAAGCAAGAGGCGGACAUGACAUUUUUGGUUAAUGAAGAAAAACGGGUCACGAUGAUCAGGAAUAAAAACAUUAAGUGUCGUGACCUUAACAUUAAAUUAGCAGAAUCGAGACACGCCCUUCAAGAAAAGGAGAAAAAGGAGGCUCAGGACGCUGAAAAUAAGAUUGCGAUGCGUUCUGCUAAAAGGCAGCAAGAAUUCGAGGAGUACGUGCAAACUGAAAUACAAAGAGCUGCAGGCAGCCGACGGUUUGCUGGACUUAAAGCCUAUGCUCCUGGUGCUGGGGACAAAUGUAAAGAUCAGCCGGGCUUCCUUCCACCUAUAAACUCAAAACAUCUGCCUGCAGGGAGACGCUACCCCUCCACUAGAGUGGAGAGUUCAUGGCGUACUACAGGCACCGAGGAAGCUUUGCCCAGGUUUUCUACUGAGAAAAGCAGAUCCACCAAGCAGCAUUUGGAGAGGAACAAAAUAGAUUUAACUUACAAAGAGUAUGGCCCUCAGCUGACCCACCCCAAACACACUGCCACCAAACAAACACCUGCAGGUAUACACCGUCACCAUCCUGGUCCAGAGGGAUCCAUGUUUAGUACCAUGGGCACCAGAGAACCAUUGCCUAGAUUAGCGACAGAGAAAACGCGCUUCAUCAAGCAGCAUCUAGAGCGAAACAAGCUGCAGUUAUCUUACGAGGAUAACAGUAUGGUCAGUUCUAUCCCCCUUCCUCCCAUUGUCAAAAAUGAAAGACCUGCAGGACUACACAACCCACCUCCUGGGACUGAGAAAUCCCCCUACUGUACAGCAGACACAAGUGAACCUCUACGUUCUUUUGCAACUGACAAAACCCGGUCAACAAAGAAGCUUUUGGAGCGGCGUCAGCGGAAACCUGCUCAUGUGAGCACGAUUAAUGUAACGUUCAACCCCCACCCGCCCAUUCUUUCAAACAGAAGAAGAAAAUAAAACACCCCUAGUUAAGUAUGCAACACAAAUCCUGUUAAACAUCACCAGUAGCACAGCAGCUGUGUUACACUGUCCAAAUGUCCAAUUCUUAUUAUAUUAGGUUUCUGGGUUUCCUCCUGGUACUCAGGUUUCUUCCCAAGUAAAUAAAUGUUCAAAUAAAAUAUUUGAAAAAUA